AUGCCGUCCACAUGGGCUCGUUCAUCGCUUUCACCCCCUUACGGAGCACGUCCGCCUGUUAUCCCAUCUUCGAACAGGCUAGCUGUCGUCUGGAAGAUAGGUAGCUAUCUUGCCAUGCUUGAAGGAGUGCGGUCCCCCGGAGAAUUCCCAUCCUCGACAGCCGGCAGAGCGGUUGCCUUGCUUUUUGACAAGUCGAUGCCGGCUAAUUCCCCAUUCAGAAACAAAGUACUCCGUAACUCUGAAGAAGUUACCCCGUACGGAACUAGCAGUCACGGUGAUGGUAAUAUCCGUGGCUCCCGAGCCGCAAUAAUCGGGCCUGACGCCCGUCUGGGGACUUCAGGCAUGAAGAAAAAUGUAGGCGUUAUCAGCAAGGACCAAGCGUGGGCCGGGGCAGAUGCAAAUCUAGCAACGCCAGCAGGAGGAAGAUGA